AGUGAAACUAGUAAAAACAAAGUCUGUAACUUAAGUUGGCAAGUUGAAAUGGAAGAGAUGUAAGCAAAACGUGAUAUUAUACGUUUAUUUAAUUAUAUCUUCCAGUCCAUAAUGUUAUUAAUAGCCUUAUCUAAUUGAACAAACUUAUCAACAGUAAAUAUUGGAUUGGCCGCAAAUAAAAGAAGGCUUUGGUGAGUGUGAAACAGAUUUCUGAUGAGUGACGUACCGUAAAAGAAGUAAUUGGAAGGGGCAAUAAUUAUUAAAAAUUAGACCUAAUCCUGAUUGCAAAGGCAUGACAUCCUCCAACUCGAGACAGCCACCCGAUCCAUUGUUCAUUUUACGAGGUUCCAGAAGUGCCAUUACAUGUCUUCACUACCAGAACACAGGCUCUGGUAGAUUGUUUUCUGGUUGUCAAGAAGGGGAGGUGUAUAUUUGGGAUUUGAAGACAAGGAGAAUCAAAGAAAUGUUUGACGCUCAUACUAAAUCAUCUGUUUUAUGGAUCAAAUCUUUUGAAUGCAAUAAGCUAAUAACUCAAGGAAGGGAUGGUUUUAUAAAAAUUUGGCACAAUAAAAAUUCUAAAUGGAAUAUUUUAGAAAUGUAUAAAUGUUCAUCUUUAGUAUUCUGCAGUUCUAUAUUAUUCGCUCACGAAGGUAUAAAUUACAUAGCAAUACCAAGUAAUACAGCUUCUAAAGUUGACAUAAUUAGUGUCGAUUCAUCUCAAGUUGUUAUCAGUCUUCAACCAAUGGAAAGCAAGCAGGGAAUGUGUAUGUGUUUAAAAUAUGCUGGAACAUCUAACAAUAAGCAAUUGCUUUUGAUUGGCUAUGAAAGUGGUGAAUUACAAUUAUGGAACAUAUUUUCUAAAACUUUAAUGGAUCAACUCAGUAUAUUUCCAGAAUCUAUCAUGUGUAUGGACUUUUCUGAAAAAUAUUUAAAGGGGAUGUGUGGAUCGGUUGGUAAUAAAUUGGUGACAUUUAAAGUGGCAGAUGAUAAAUUAAUAAUGGAUAAAACAGUGGAAGUGGUAAAUGAAGGGUUUAAUAAUAUAACUAUUCGAGGAGAUGAUAAAUUAAUUGUGACUUGUGGUUGGGAUAAAUCUAUACGAUUGUUUUCUUUAAAAUCAUUGAAACCUUUAGCAGUAUUAAAAUACCACAAAGAAAGUGUCCAAUGCUGUACAUUUACGUCAGAUAAUAUCUUAAUAUGUGGCUCAAAGGAUAAACUUAUAUCCUUGUGGGAGAUUUAUUCUUGAUCAUAUUCAAUUUAUGCUUUUUUCCCAAUAAAAAUAUUCAACAGCUAUAAAUUAAAGUCCAUGGCUGAUUGGCUAUUGACCAA